UCUGGCUAUUUAUUGUGGAAUGGUGAAUUUUACAUGCAGGUUGAUGGGGUGGCCAUGGGCUCUCCAGUAUCACCCGUUGUCGCUGAUAUUUUUAUGGAAGACUUCGAGGAGAGAGCCUUGGCCACAGCACCAGUCAAACCGAGACUGUAUAAACGCUAUGUAGAUGACACCUUCACAAUACUCCCUACUGAACAUAUACCUGCAUUUUUAGAACAUCUUAACUCCAUACAUAAAAACAUCCAAUUUACUAUGGAGUUAGAAACUAACAACCGUCUAGCCUUUCUUGACAUUUUAAUAAUGAGGGGACGGGAUGGCAUGCUCAACCAUACAGUGUAUAGGAAAGUCACUCAUACUGAUAGGUACCUCAAUGGUGAAUCUCACCACCACCCUUGCCAACUAGCUUCUGUCGGUAAAUCUUUGUUUCAGAGAGCCCGCCACCUCUGUGAUGCUGCCCACCUCAGCGGGGAACUGCAGCAUGUCAAGCGAGUACUACGUAACAACAAGCUGCAGGCGCCUCCACAGCAUCACAGGAGUCGAACGAAGCCACACACAGUUGAAAGACAACCGGCCUACCUACCAUAUGUGAAGGGAGUUACUGACAGAAUUGGAAGAAUCCUAAGACGAGCUUCAAUUAAAACUAUAUAUAAGCCGCAUAAGAAGAUAAACCAAUUCUUGAGACCAAUUAAAAGUAAUAUUCCUCUACAAGAUGCAGGCGUGUACAAGUUAGACUGUGACUGUGGUCUCUCAUACAUCGGCCAAACAAAAAGAAGCAUUGCUAACCGACUGAAGGAGCACAUUGCGGAUAUCAAGCAUCGGCGUCACAAGAAGUCUGCGGUAUGUGAACACACACUGGACAACAACCACUUCAUAAGAUUUGACCAACCACAAAUCCUUGCCAGAGAAAAUAAAUUUUUUCCAAGACUUGUGCGCGAGGCUAUUGAAAUUAAAAAACAUCCAAAUUUCAAUAGAGAAGAUGGUUUGAAACUUUCUAACACCUGGGAUCCUGUUAUUAAGAAUUUAAAAUCCCAUGUCAAACGUACCAAAAGACUAGAAGACACGAUCAGCCAAUACUGCCAACAUCCGGAAAAAUACUCCAGAUACCAACUACGGAGGAAUAGGUGGAGGUAGUUCACAAAUAACAAUUUUUGAAUGACCAUCAAGACGUACAACAUCUCAGUCUCCCCGUGACCACGCUCGCUGUAAAGUGUUCGAAACGUCGGGAAAAUAAUAGAAUGAAUAAAUCGCGUUUAAAAU